CCGAACGUCAUCGUGAUCGUCAACAAAUUUGUAGAGGGGCAAACAACCGCAUUGUCGGCCUGUGUUUCAGUCACAAACAUACUAAGCCCCCCUUUUCAAACGUCCUAAAUAGUCUGUCCCAUACUAUUCGGCGACAAGGAAAGAUCUUUCGCCCCACGAUGGCCCACCACGAACAAUACAUAUUGAAGGUUACCGCGGGCGCGACAUACGACACGUCCAAACACGAGGAUGUACACGUGAACACAGAGAAGCAUGUGAAUAUCUCAUCAGAGCAUAUUGAUGCGCGCAUACAUGUGCGCAUCAAGGACUACCGGGGUUUGCCAGAAGGCUCGCCCUCAACAUCGCCAUAUUUCUCCACCCCGCAACAUCCCUACGACCGCUACUCCAUCUCUUUCGCCUUCACACCUAAACGCUCCAUAACGGGCAAAGACCUUGUCUUUGGAAACGACUUCGAACACCCAAUCCGCGACCGCCUGCCGCCGCUCUUCGACAAGGCUUUCGGCAUCGUGAAGUGGUGGAUAGACCCUGGGCUUGAUGGUGAUGUGUACGGCGACAACCCGUACCUCUACGGCGCACUGCUCUCCUCGAUCAACGUCCUGCGGAUAGGCAACAACCCUCCACAUGCGCCUGACGCAGGCGAGGAGACAGAGGGCAAAGUAGUGGUAUACGAGGAAGGCGCUGAAGGCGACGGCGUCGAGGUGCGCUCCAAGCACAGUAUCCCCGCCGCAACCGCGCAGCGCCAGAAGCACUUCCUCAACGAGACAAAGCGGACCGACUUCACUUUCGAAGAGGGGCGCGAAUACAAGUGCGAUUUCUUCAACCCAUACGUCGACUUCAAUGAGUUCGCGCUUAAGAUUGGGUACGGACUGCCUGCGAUAUCGAUUAUCGGACACUGGGAUGGCCAGCCGCUUCGAUACGUCCUCAAGGACCGAAGCACGAAUACCGAGCUGUUUGUCGUCAUCUUCCAGCUCAUCCCGACUGAGGAGGCGAAGAAGGAGAUUGGCAUAGAAAGCGCGGAGGAUUUGGUGAAGAAGGUGCAUGGCGGAGAUAGAACCGAAGCGAAGGCUGCGGAGAACGACGACGAGCUGGACUAGGCGUUGGCCGCAGUCUAAUCAUAGCACGGCGUUUACUAUAGGGUCUGGCAGCGGAGUUGCAUUGCACUCUAGAUUUGGGUACGGACGGACACGGUGGGUUGCGUUGCU